AGUAAAUAUUUCAAGACAAAUAACUAUAAAGGUAAAAUAGGUAAGUACAUUUUGAGAUCUGUGCAAAUGAUGUUAUACAUUGAUCACUUGAUAUUAAUACUUGACUUAAAAAAUAUCAGAAGAUAACCUGAACUAAUGGGCUAUCUUGGAAUAUAAAACCAAGAUAGUUUGCUUUACUUAAUCUUUAGUAGUCACAGAUUUUCAUAUUGGAAAAAUGUACUUGUAUUUAAAAGGGAUUUGUUUCUUAACGAUAGUGUUGUUUGAAAUACAUAAUGCAGUUGUGGCCGACACAUUCCAUUGUUAUGAUACUCAAUAUAAUUCAUGUGUUUCCAAACAUGGGUGUCUUAUUUAUUCAGUGCCAGGAAAUAAAUUUCACCAAGAGGAAGACACUGUGAUAAAAAGCUGCAGUAGUUCCAUCUUCAAUUGUAACUCACACGAUGGAAUCGAUAUAAAAGAAUGUAUGCAUUGUACAACCGAUUUUUGUAAUGAUGAAUUCGAUAACCUUUCUACUACAAGAUCUAGUGAUAUAACUACCACGACUUUGCCAAGUGACAUAACCACGACGACAGAUACAAGUAAUAUUACUACAACGACAGAUGAAAGUAAUAAUACAACAAUCACUCUUUCCAGUAGCAUAAUUACAACUAGUCCAAGUAAUAUUACUACAACAGCAGAUCCAAGUAAUACUACUCCAACGACUUUUCCCAGCAAUAUAUCUACAAUGACACCUGAAAGUAAUAGUACAACAAUGACUCUUCCCAGUAGUAUAACUACAACUAGUCCAAGUAAUGUCACGACAACGACUUUUCCCAGCAACAUAACUACAACGACAGAUGAUAGUAAUAGUUCAACAAUGACUUUUCCCAGUAGCAAAACUACAACUAGUCCAAUUGAUACUACUACAGCAGUAGAUCUAAGUACUAUUACUACGACUUUUCACAGCAACAUAACUACAACUAUGACUCUUCCCAGUAGUAUAACUACAACUAGUCCAAGUAAUAUUACAAUAACGACUUUUCCCAGCAGCAUAACUACAACGACAGAUAAAAGUAAUAGUACGACAAUGACUCUUCCCAGUAGCAUAACUACAACUAGUUCAAGUGAUAUUACUACAGCAGCAGAUCCAAGUACUAUUACUACGACUUUUCCCAGCAACAUAACUACGACGACAAAUAAAAGUAAUACUACAACUAUGACUCUUCCCAGUAGUAUAACUACAACUAGUCCAAGUAAUAUUACAACGACUUUUCCCAGCAGCAUAACUACAACGACAGAUAUAAGUAAUAGUACGACAAUGACUGUUCUCAGUAGCAUACCAACAAAUAAUCCAAGUAAUAUUACUACAACAGCAGAGCCAAUUAAUAAUACUACAACAGCACUUCCCAGCAGUAUAACUUCGACGUUGCCAAGUAAUAUUACCUCAACGACUCCUCCCAGUAACAUUACUACAACGAGAGACCCAAGCACAAUUACAACCACAUGGCCAAGUAAUAUUACUACGACACCUUCCAGUGACUUAAGUACAACGACAGGGCCAAGUACUCUCAGUACAAUUACUCUUCCCAGUACCAUAUUUACUACAACUGGUCCAAGUAAUAUUACAACUACGACUAUUCCUAGUAAGAUAACUACAACGACAGGGCCAAGUACUAUUAAUACAACUACUCCUCCCAGCAACUUGACUACAACGACAGUUCCAAGUAAGGCAACUACAACUCUGCCGAGUACCAUAACUACAACAACUAUCCCAAGUACUUCUACGACUUUGCCUAGCAGCAUAACUACAACGACAAGUCCAAUAACUGAUAUUUCCACGACAGAUUCAAGUAAUUAUACUACAACGACAGGUCCAAGUAACAUUACUACGACUCUUCCCAGCAAAGAUAACACUACAACAACUCCCGGUAAUAUUCCUACAACCACAAAUCUUAGUUACACGACUGUAACAACCAAUCCUGAUAGCAUCAGUACAAAAGAUCCAAAUAAACCAAAUUCAGGUGUUAGAUUUGCAACCACAGCAAAUUUGUUUGCAUUGAUUUCAGUUUGUCUUGCUUUGUUACUGUCGUAAAACU